GCUAUUCGGGUAUUGUUGGCAAUAAAGAGGCUGAUAGAUUAGUAUUAUUAGGUUCAAGGAAAAAAAAAUAUAAAUUAGAGUUUGAGUUUCAACCUGUAAUCAAGAAAGAUUUAAUAAAGAAUUAUUUUUAA